AUGAUCCUACUCGCCUUUCUGGGGUUCACAAAUGUCUCCAAGUCACUACCGUUGAACACCAAGUUACUACAUUUCUUCUGUUUUGCCCUGGCAACGACUGUUUUCUAUUUCAUCAUAGACGUUGAAGAGCAAGCCCGCCGGAUAUGGUUCUGGAGAUACUCAUCUCUAAUAUUCACCACUGUAAUAUGCUUCUUCUGCGGAGGCAUCCUCAGCGAAUUCGUCCAAGCAGCGCUUCCGUACAAAGACUUCGACCUCGGCGACAUCGUUGCCAAUCUCUUAGGGUCGUCUGUAGGGCUUUUCGCCGGGUUUCAUCUCGAGAAAUACUAUCGCCGCCGAAGAGAGAUUGCACGGCUAUAUAGACCUCUCAACGCGGAGUACUCGGACGAAGAAGAGGACGUCUUUAGUGCCGGUACCGUUUUGCUCCCAACCCAUACACGUCCACCGAAGAGCGCGAACAAGAAGAGCGUCCGUUUCGCUGACGAUUGGAACGACCAACCACACAGCGAAGAGGUGUUUGAUAUCGGCCACGACAGUGACAGCGAUGAAGAGGGCGACAGCGCUGGUCCCAGCAGCCAUCCAUCAAAGCAGUCAACGACGAGCGCCGAUGCAACCAACAACAAGGCUGACGGCAAGAAGCUAGUUGAAGCAGAUUCGUAA